AAAGGGUUAAUACAGUUGGGCGGAGAAAGCCAUAUUUGGCACAGCCCCGGAACAUGAACUGCGAAUGAGCUCGCUAUGCUGAAUGAGCACAAAGACUUUUUGUUACACACGUUCUGGGCCCCUUCGGUAGCUGGCUAUAUAUCUCUCAUACAGUAUGCCUAUAUACCUCAGUCUGUCGACCCAGAUCGCCAAGUGUGGUGGUCCAUUUUCAGAUUCCGCCGGGGAAGUAUGCCCUCCAUUGACGGAAUGCUUAUAACACCUCGAGGCUUUGUGUUCCAGGAAUUUUGAAAGCAAAAAGAACUCCGCGCGUUCAGGGGAAACAUUGUAACGUUUUGUAUCAUUUUUUAAAAGGAAAAAAUGGAGGCCUUCGAAGCAGCAUACGGUGGAGAUGUCAUGGAUUUGUCGCGUUUGAAUUUAGACAAUCUCAGUUUUGACAAUCUCAGUGACAAAAGGAAAAAAGAGACAAGACAAAUACUUAUGUGCUAUAAUCGACUCACGGUGUUGUCUGAGUCGAUAUCCUUGUUUGAGAACUUGGAAUUUCUGGACAUUAGCUGCAAUGCACUAGGAGCCUUGUGUGAUGACAUUACCCGUCUCACAAAGUUAAGGACUUUAAUCGCGAAGAACAAUCGUUUGGAUGAGUUCUCGCUGCCUAAAGACUUUGGAUCGUUGCAACUCGAAGUUUUAAACUUCAGCGGGAACAGAUUUGAGGAAAUACCUGCCCAAGUUCUUCAGCUACAGCGGCUUCAAUCUCUCUCACUCGGAGGAAACAGACUGAAGACCAUCCCAGCCGAGAUAGACAACUUGACAAGUCUGGAGCUGCUAUACCUGGGGGGUAACCUCAUCUCCUCCAUUCCCAUGGAGCUGGCUAACCUUCCAUACCUCAGCUACCUGGUGCUGUGUGACAACCGCAUCCAGAGCGUCCCGCCCCAGCUCAACAGGCUCCACACUCUGCGCUCGCUGAGUCUCCACAACAACCUGUUGACGUACCUGCCGCGCGAGAUCCUCAGCCUGGUGGAGCUGCACGAGCUGAGUCUCCGCGGCAACCCGCUGGUGGUGCGCUUCGUCAAGGACAUGACCUACGACCCGCCCUCGCUGCUGGAGCUGGCCGGCCGCGCCAUCAAGAACAGCAACCUCACCUACUCGGCGCGCGACCUGCCCCAACACCUCGUCACCUACCUGGACUUGGCCAGCAAGUGCCCCAACCCCAAGUGUGCAGGGGUGUAUUUCGACUCGUGCGUCCGCCACAUCAAGUUCGUGGACUUCUGCGGGAAGUACCGGCUGCCGCUGAUGCACUACCUGUGCUCCCCCGAGUGCACCUCGCCCUGCAGCUCCAACCCCCAGAGCGACGCCGACUCGGAAGACGAGCACAGCGUGCCGGCCGACCGCCUGCAGAGGGUGCUGCUGGGAUAGCCGCCGGAGGAGGAAGUGGAGGAAGCAGGAAGGACCUGGAGCAGGCUGCAGACCUGCAGUGAUGGGGCAACCGGGACUCAGACACUGCAGUGCAGUGUCACAUACUCCACCUGCCCUGGAGUGCAAUUCUCGAACGCGUUGUUGCUAACUAAGUGAGCAACUUACUUGGUUGCAAUGCAAUUUCCCAUUGGCAACCUACUUAGUUGCUGACUGGUUAGCAACGAUGCUUUCGAGAAACCUGGUCCUGGUUUCACCUUUCCAAAUGUCCUAAUUUGAAAGGUAUAAAACCAGGCCUUUAUGAAUAUGUGGCACUGGAUUGUAGCUAACUGAAUCCAGGUGGGCCAUCACUGCAGACAUGCAUACAAAAAAAACACUGCAUUGGCUUCCAUGGGCUUUGUGCAAAAAGACAAUCAUCGCUACCUGUCUCUGUUAGUACUGAGGCAAGAUGGCGGUGCACAGAGCUAAACAGGAAUAGAUGAGCCCUGUAGAAGCAAGUGCUAGUACUGUUCCAACAUGGACACCCAGUAAGCAUGUUGUGUUCUACGACAGUGAGUAAAUCCACAGCAGCCGAUGACAUGUCUACUGUACAUGUCGGCAUGCUAUAUCCUGCAGUGGGUGCUGCUGGGAUAUCUGCUGGAGGAGGAAGUACGUAGAGACAGUAUGAUUGAGGACUACUGCUGUUAAUCAGGGACGCUGCAGGCAUUGCCUCGUGUGCCGCUAUGGUUACAGUACCGCUUCCAGUUCCGCACACUGGCAUGUAUAUAAGACCGACUUUCUUGGUCUUGUCUCACCGUCUACAUUUUUUCACUGUUUUUCACAAUUUCGUUUGAUUUGUUUUUUAUUUCCUGCACAUGCCUUCAACAGAUGUGUUGGAAAAGGACUCAAAGUUCACACACACACAGUACCUUGCACACUCACUGACCAUUUCACAAUGAGUUGCUCAAUGGUGAGUGUGUUGGUGUUGGACACUACUCCCUUCAGGUUUUUGACCCCUUCACUCUCCAUAACACUGACUACUCUUCCAACAUGAGCCAUCGGCAAAGGAAGGAGCUAUUGACUACUGACCCUUCUUCCUCAUACAGUAUGAGGAACUUGCAUUGGCGCUGUCUAAUGGUGAACUAGCUACAAAUCUGGCUGAGAAGUGUUUCAAACCACCAUCUUUUCUCCUCUACAUUUCUGUUUUUGCAGCUGUAGAGUUAAACUUUUUAGCAGUAACUUGUUAGCAUGAUUAGUAUUUACAAUAUCUGCUGUUAGUAACAUAAAGGGUUUUGAAGAUUCUUUUGUCUAUGAAAAGAAAGUUUCAGAGCGUUUUAUGGUGCCUAGCAUUUAGAAGCGCGCUGUGAUAAGGUACUCAGUAUGCAGCUACUCGACUCUAAUGUGGGUCAGCGGUCCAAACAAACAUUCGAUAACCUGUGAACUUGACGCUGUAUCUGCACAGUGUGCCGAGUAGCCUAUGCAGCUGUGUGAAGGAAUAAACAAUUUUUUUUGUUUGUGCAUUGAAGGGGUUGCCAAAAGCUUGACCCAACACAGCAGGUCAAGACCUAAAUAUACAGUCGUUUUAUUUUUAGGCUUUUUCUUUUUUUGUUGACCCCGCUAGUUACUUUUUAACCCUCUCUUGGCUGAUUAGUAGAGUGCAGUGUCGGCCCGCGUUCAGAAGUCCCAGUGUGACGAUAACAAUCAGAUUUGACACUACGCACUAACUGCUGGUGACGUGUGCCACAUUUGUGUUGGGAAAUUGCUCAGCCCAGAGUUCAGUGUCUUAGGCGACCAGACCACUGUGCAUUGUUACGUCCUUUUGAAGCUAUACAUGUGUGUUUUCUUCUCCUAAGAUUGCCAUCUCAAUAGUCAUUCUUGAGUAAUAGACAAAAGGGAAAAAAACAUUUAAUAAUUGACAAGAACAUGUUAAUGACUAAUGAAGGGUUUUUUCAGUUUGAACUUUACUGCCACCUAGAGGAAGGAAACUGAAAUGCAUAUCUUAACCCAGAUUGAAGUUCUAGUUCUAGAAUGCACCAAGAAAUGGUUUGCUCACAUGAACUCACCCAGUAGUGAUGGUUUGUUGUUGAACAUUGCCAUUACGUUGGAGAUAGCUGGAAGUAAAUGUGAAGAUGUUGUUCCACAGUGUUCAUUAACUGUAUUACCCAUGCAGGCUUCUGAGGCCAGGAAGCUUUUUAAAAAGUGAACAAAACCGGGGGCGAUUCUUCAAACAUUUCACUGUGUCAGAUGUACAGCUAUUGUUACAAUGUCUAAUUUUGUGUUUUUGACUUAAGGAAGUGCCUUAUAUAGAAUGUAUGUUCCCGCAUUGUAUGAUGGGGUGUGCUAUAUAUUUUUCCCUCUUUUUCUUAAUCACAUUCUUGCUAAUCACAUACAACACUAUAUCACUAUUGUUUCUCUAUAACACUGUAAAUUGGCCUUAAUGACAAUAUCUACAGAACUGACUCCAAGUAUAUGAACAACAUGUUCUCACACCCACCCAAUGAAAUAUGAAAACUCAGAUUGCGGUGCAACAGUAAACACUGACAUCUACACCAAAAUGUGAUUUUCUCUCUCUCUCUCUCUCUCUCUCUCUCUCUCUCUCUCUCUCUCUCUCUCUCUCUCUCUCUCUCUCUCUCUCUCUCUCUCUCUCUCUCUCUCUCUCUCCAUUGUGAAUCCUAACCAUCUAGGUUUUAUUAACGGCUAUGCAAAACCUUGAUAAUGCAAUAAAUAAAGAUUUUGCUUUUGUACUACCACACUUACACCGAUUUUUAGAAAACUGGGCACAUUUAUUUUAUGUAUGUUUGAAGAAGGCAAGCUUUGGAGCACACAUCCCUGAGAGGGAGAACGUAGACAAUUGUUUGAUAUGUAUUUGCACUUUUUUCCCUCCUGUCAUAGAUUGUAUAACACCCUUAAUAAAUUAAGAUUGUUGUUUGUUCUUA